UUCCUCAGCUGUGCCAUCGCGUCAUAUCUUCCAACACAGUCCGAACUUCCUCGCAUGCCUCUCCGGGCGGCCCAUCCACUAUAGCUGCUCAUAUCCAAUGAGCAUUUUUCACCGGGCGCCACCGGAAACCUUCCCGCGGCUCAUUGUGGAGAGCACAAGCAGAGCUGGGCGUCAUGAAUUAAAGAAAAGCCUACAUUUACAAAUCUGAUCACCAAACCCCGCUGCAAGUGUGGUGUGGUUGGACCAGCGGCAGCAGAGCUGUUGCAGUGGAGAUGGUUUUGGACCCGGGUGAGGACUGUAUGGAUCGGACGGACGUCGACGGGGUCGGAGGGAGCAGCAGCACCACAGACCUGACGGGUCCAGAACCAAGACCGGACCCUCGCAAAACCACCACAACCGACAGCACCGGACUAGAAAACACCAGCCCAGAGCCUCCCAAAACCACCAACAACAACAGCACCAGACUAGAAAACACCAGCCCAGAGCCUCCCAAAACCACCACCAACAGCACCCCCACUAAAACAGAAGAGACCAGGCCUGACACUACCAAAACCGCCAAAAGAACAGAGGAACCAACAGCGGAUCCUCCCACCACCACCAACACUAGGCUCCACGCCAGGACAAGCCGUGUCACUAAGAGGGAGCGGGUAUCCAACUCCCACAAUGGACCCCAGCCUCAACCUCAGUCGUUGGUGGCAGAUGUCAGCCUUACCCCCAGCCCUAGGUCCAGUGUUGGCUCCUCUACCAACUCCUAUCGCUCAGUUUUACCAUUCGAUGGACCGGUUGUCUCUCUGCGGCGGGACGUCACCGUGGCAACGGCCUCGUCUCGGAAUAAGGUGGCGACCAGACCCGCUCUCCGCCGUCCCCUCAGCCUGGACGUGACGCCCCUGCGCCUCCGUGGUUCCGAGCCCGCUCUGGACCGUGGGGUCCUACAACCCCCCUGGCACAGCGCUGGUGGUCCCUCCACUGCCCCCUCGCCCCCAGCACGCUCCCUCACCAGCCCCAGCCUGGGCCCCGGAGGCUGGAUGCGUCGCAGCGAGAGCACCUGUACCGUCAACAACUCCUCAAUGGGCCUCCGGGCCACCAGGGGGCGUAUGCGUCCAGCCACCUCCCUUCCCCACAUUGCCCGGGGGUUUGGAGGGGCCUCCCCACUGCCCUUGCCCUCCACACCGCGAGGCCCCUGUCUCCUUGUGGCCCUAAGACCCAUUAACCUAGACCAGGAGAGGCAGGCCUUCUUCCAGUCCGACUAUAAAUAUGACCCCCAGUUUGAGUACUCGACCCCGGAGCCCAGCGCUGUGCUGGAGAAAUACAAAGAUGGAUCUGACCUCUUCCUCGCACAGGCUGUUGGGAUUAUGGAGUGUAUUCUGAGGAAGUUUGGUAACUAUGAGAACUUUGAGGAAGUGACGGGAGGAAGUAUUUUACCAAAGAGUCGAGUCUGGGCUGCUGCACGCAAGUACCUGCAGAAGGAGAACUGUGUAGGAGAGGUGGUGGUAUGUCUGUCUGAUGAGCUGCUGUCCCAGGCGGUGAUGAUGGUGGAGAGUUGUCGUCCCACUCUGACUAUCAACCUGUCUGGAGCACGACAACACUGGCUGGAGGGCAUGCUCAGGCAUGAGAUAGGAACCCACUACCUUCGAGGUGUGAACAACAACCUCCAGCCCUGGUCUACUUCCGCAGGCAGGAAGCAGUAUGGCCUCAAACCGGCCAAUCCCACGGAAGAAGGCCUGGCCAGCCUGCACAGUGUGUUGCUACGGAAACAGCCCUACCUGUGGCGCGCAGCGCUGCUCUACUAUACGGUGUAUCACGCCACCAGGAUGGGCUUCAGCCAGCUCUUCAGCCACAUCGCUCAGUUCGUCCAGGAUCCCGCGGUGCGCUGGGAGUACUGCCUCAGAGCCAAGAGGGGACAGACGGACACCUCGGAGCCUGGCUGUUUCAGUAAAGAUCAGGUGUACCUGGACGGAAUCCUCAGGAUUCUACGACAUCGGAGGAACAUCGACUUCAAGAUGCUGACCUCGCUAGGCAAGGUGUCGUUUGAGGACGUAGAAAGGCUACGGCACAUCGCUGUCCUGCGCCGGACCAGAAUCCCUCACUUCAUGCAGGACCAGGAGAAAUACCUUCAGCAUCUGGACCACAUCGUCACGGUCAACGAACUGAGCGACGCUCAGCUUAGAGAACUCCUUCCCUGACCGACCGACCGACCGACCUUCAGCUGAGCGCGGUAGAUCACCUGCUGGGCGUCAACAAAGGUGGCGAUUCAACAUGUAGAAUGGUCGGGAAAUGAAUAGAAAAUGGAGGAUGAUGUUCGGUGGUCAGAGGCGUUAAGAAUGGUCACCUGCUGCUAAUUACCUCUGGUCAGCGUGGUCUGUUUUCGCCUUGACUGACUGACCCCCUCUGGUCUAGACUGGCCAUCCAUCCUUGACUGACCCCCUCUGGUCUAGACUGGCCAUCCCAUUAUUGACUGACCCCCCUCUGGUCUAGACUGGCCAUCCCAUCCUUGACUGACUCCCUCUGGUCUAGACUGGCCAUCCAUCCUUGACUGACUCCCUCUGGUCUAGACUGGCCAUCCAUCCUUGACUGACCCCCUCUGGUCUAGACUGGCCAUCCCAUCCUUGACUGACUGACCCCUCUGGUCUAGACUGGCCAUCCUAUCCUUGACUGACUCCCUCUGGUCUAGACUGACCCUAAUCCUCCCAAGUGUCAUUCAUCACUCUGCUUUUGGAAAGCCCUGGAAAUGAAGGCCAGUGUCCGACAGACAGAGUGUGUGGAACGAACAGAUCAACACUCAGAUCAUAUCUACUACGCUUGGAUCAUAUUCACUAUGGCUGGGUCCUAAACAGCACCCUAUUCUCUGUAUAGAGCCCUAUGGACCCUGGUCAACAGUAGUGCACUACCCUAUGGGCCCUGGUCAACAGUAGUGCACUACCCUAUUGGACC